AUGCUCUACAUUAUUGUGCUAGCAUGCCUUCUUGGUGCCUCAUCAGCAUCCUAUUUGUUGCCAGUGGCACUCAGCAGUUGUCCAGCAGGCUUCUUCUGUCCAGCAGCAGAUCUGACUAGAGGAGUGAACCCACAACCAUGCCCUGCGGGUACUUAUUCGCAUCAGGGGUGGACAGCUUGCAGACCAUGUCCAGCUGGUUACUGGACGACAAGAUCAGGAUCGGCCUAUUGUGAUAUUUGUCCACAAGGACAUCGAUGUCCAACAACUGAAAAAUCACCUGAGGCUUGUCCCUUGGGUACUGCUAAUUCAAAACUGGGUCAAACGGCUUGCACCCCAUGCUCAGUAGGUUAUUAUACACCAACACUGGAAAGAAUUGCCUGUACACAAUGUCCACGUGGGCACUACUGCGACAAUUCAGCUGAACAACCUAAACAAUGUCCACCCGGCACAUGGAGUGGACUCGGUCAAACCGAAUGUAUAGAGUGUUCACCAGGCUCCUAUACUACUCGCAAUGGAUCGACCUACUGUGACAGUUGUCCACCCGGACAUUAUUGUCCUGUUGCCCAAGAUGAGCCUCUUCCUUGCCCGUUGGGUAUGGCCACACGUCUUUCAAAUCAAACUGUCUGUUUAUCAUGCGAGACUGGGCAAUUCAGCGAUCGAUUGGGAGCAACUGCAUGCGCCACCUGUCCAGCAGGUAGUUUCUGUGGCGAUCCAGCACUGAGUCCCCAACCCUGCUUACCAGGUACAUUUAGUGGAGAGGGACAAGCUCAGUGUACAGCUUGUCCGAGUGGUUACCAAACAGUGCAAACAGGUUCAACGUAUUGUUUUAUUUGUGGUCCAGGUCGUUACUGUCCAAAUCCAGCCGGCCCGCCUAUUCAAUGUGAGCCCGGCUCAGCACAAGUUAAUUUGGGACAAGUUCAAUGUGACGUGUGCGAAAAUGGUGCCUAUGCUGAUCAACCCGGUAUGGCCGUAUGUAUUUCAUGUCCACCUGGAUAUGUUUGCGAUAGUAAAACUCGUGCCGGUCUCCCAUGUCCAAGCAAUCAACUUAGCGGUCAGAGCAAGUGUAUGGGCAAUAGCGAAUCAAUGAUUGGAUAA